UAGGCUUCACUCCCUUCUCCUUGCAAGGUCGUCGGCUGUACUAGUUGGGCGAGUGUAGAAUUACGUAGAAGUAAGAAAGAGAAUGUUUUCUCGCGUAGUGAGACCCCAGACCGUGUCAGUUUUGCAAAAUGGUGUUAGAAGUAUAUCCACAUCGUCGCAGAGACAUACUAAAGUGGCUGUCCUAGGAGCAAGUGGAGGAAUUGGCCAGCCUCUGUCAUUAUUAAUGAAACAGUCUCCUCUCGUAUCAGAAUUAUCUCUCUACGAUAUUGUAAACACUCCAGGAGUUGCAGCCGACCUAAGUCACAUUGAAACGCCAGCUAAAGUAAAGGGCUAUGAUGGUUCCAAUCAGCUGAAGGAUGCUCUGAAAGGUUGUGAGGUGGUGAUCAUCCCAGCUGGUGUACCAAGGAAACCCGGAAUGACAAGAGAUGACCUCUUCAACACAAAUGCAUCAAUUGUGAGAGACCUUGCCCAGGCAUGUGCUGAAGUGUGUCCAAAAGCUAUUAUUGGCAUCAUUUCAAACCCUGUAAACAGCACUGUACCUAUUGCUUCAGAAGUUCUACAAAAAGCGGGAGUCUACGAUCCCAACAGGGUGUUUGGAGUUUCAACUUUAGAUGUUGUACGAGCAAACACCUUUAUUGCAGAAGCCAAGGGUCUGGACCCGACAAAGGUGAAUAUCCCGGUGGUGGGAGGUCACUCUGGAGUCACUAUCAUUCCUCUUAUCUCUCAGGCAACUCCCAGUGUGGACUUCCCAAAGGAUAAACUCAAAGCUCUUACUGAAAGAAUACAGGAGGCUGGCACAGAAGUGGUGAAAGCAAAAGCUGGUGCUGGUUCAGCAACACUUUCAAUGGCAUAUGCAGGUGCUCGCUUUGCAUUUUCAGUGAUCAGAGCCCUCAAGGGAGAACAAAAUAUCGUUGAAUGUGCCUAUGUCCGAUCAAAUGUUACAGAGGCAAAAUACUUUGCAACACCUUUACUUCUUGGGCCUGGUGGUAUACAGAAGAACCUUGGUCUUGGGAAGCUGUCUGACUUCGAGAGUGAGCUGCUAAAGGCAGCAAUACCAGAACUAAAGAAGAACAUACAGAAGGGAGAAGAUUUUGUAAACAAGAAGUAAAUUACUACCUUGGGAACAAACCAUGAUGUAGAUUUGUAAAAGUGAUGUGAUACUAAUAUUGUUGCUGCUGUGUGGAAUGAUGUAUGUGAGGCUGUGUAUGUUGCCGGUGUAGAAGUGUUACACUGUUAACACUAAAAAAAGAAUAGAAACUGCCUAGUAUUAAAAUCGGUGCGAUUAGACUAAAAAGUUUAAAAUAUAUUGUUCAUAAAUUGUGUAGUUUUAUACACCAUUUAUUUCCUAAUUUAUGUGCUUCUUGUUAAAGAUCUAAAAUAUCUCCUCUGAUGUUUUUAUUUUUCAUUUUAUAGUAUUUUGCAAUGUGUUAAAACAUGCAUUUAUAGGCACCAGAGUGGAAAUGACACUGAAGGAAAUGCAGCUGUCUUGCCAAGUUUGUCAUGGUGUCAGUUUGUUACAAUAAAAUGAUAUUGAAGUGGG